UAUCUCACGUAGGCAAGGUCCCCAUCAAGAUCAUCACCAACCGUCAAAGCGCCUUCUACGAAGCCAACAACAUCCUCCCGGAGGAACAGUGCGGAUUUCGACCCGGGCGAUCCACCUUCGACAUGCUGUUAUUCGUCGUGCGCCGCCUCCAGGAGCUGGGGCGGAGAAAGAAAAUUCCGCUCUACAUGUGCUUCGUCGACUUGAAGAAGGCGUAUGAUUCGGUGGACCGAGAUAUGCCAUGGAAGGUGUUGGCCAGGGCCGGGAUUCCCGCGAAGAUGAUCAAAAUCAUCCGCCAAUUCCAAGAUGGAAUGCGGGCGCGGGUGCGCAUGGACGACGGAGAACUAUCGGGCUGGUUCUUCGUGACACAGGGCGUGCGACAAGGAUGUCCCCACUGCUGUUCAACAUCUUCUUCGCCAAGCUCCUCGAGGUCGUUGCCAUCCUAUUCAGCGAGGAUUAUGUUGUUUUGCGGAGCCUGGUGUGCUUGGAGGAAGGAAAGCCGGAAGCGGGGGGGGGGAGAGGAGACACCCCUUGACCGAAAAUACGCCGAGACGACCGAGUUCCGGUACCUCGGUGGCCUCGUCAACGAACAUGGCGACCUCACCCGGGAGAUCAACUACAUGAGCAGAGGAGCGUGGGCGUGCCUCAGGCGAUAUGGCCGGGAGCUCUUCGACAGAAUGAAAGCGCCAUUCCGACUCAAGUUCCGCCUGCUCCAGGCGGAGGCGAUGGAGGGACUGCUCUACUGGCUGUACGGCUGCACGACAUGA